AUGGCGCCGCCUACGGAAGCCGCUGCCACCUUGAGCGCUGCCUCGACACCUACUGCUUCCCCAGGGCCUUCCCCGAUCCCUCCGCCGAUUCCUGUCGAGACUCACCCAAACCGAGGGAAGCCGCCGGCGAACAGAGUCACCCCAGACCCUCGUCGGCUUGCUCCAGAAGAUGCAUACAAGACUUUCUCUCCGCCGCGACUGCGGCCGGUGCCUGAGAUUGGCGGUUCUGCUGCAGCAAACGCUGCCGCUGCCGCGCUCCGGCCUGCUGUGGCCUCUCUUCGAGCACCUCCCGCCAUCCCUCCUGUGGCCGCGCGCUUAGCCGAGGAAAGACGAAGGGCAGCGAGCAAGAGGCGAAAACAGCCGCAUGUAUGGAAGAAGCUGUUGUGGAUCAAACAGCACGGGUUCCCCGACAAUUACACCGACACUGAGACGUUUCUCGAUCAUCUGCAGCGGAACCCAAGACUGCGGCCCUACGAUUUCUGGUCGCUGGUCGCCGACUCGGCAGUAAUCGUCCAGCACGUCUGCUCUGUGGCCAUCUUCGUUUGUGCUUAUGCCGCCAUCUACCAAGAUCGGCUAUCUCCAGUCUCGGUAGUGACAUGCGGCACCAUUCUUACGUUGGCCGGCUGGAUCGUGUGGGACAAAUGGAUGGGUCAACAGGAAGCCCAAGAACUGGCCGCCUUUCACAAAGCGAACAGACUCUCGGUCGAACUUGAUGACGGCUCAAGUACGAGCUCUGGUGCCUCUUCCAAGCCUCCGAUGAAUGGGAACGGUCACAUCGGCAACGGGCACGUCAAUGGCCAUGCGAACGGUGCAUUGAAUGGUCGUGGCGUUGGACUCAAACUAUCGACCACCAACCUCGGCGUCAAGGACGAUGAGUCGAAGUUCUCCGGCAAACACGGACAGUCGCUGUCCAAGUCAUCCUUUCAAUCGAUCUCGCCGAUUGAUCCCAUCGGAGAUGGUUCUGCAGAGCCGUUCCCAGGACUUCAUCGCCCGACCUCCCGCCCCCAGAUACCUCAAUCGCCCAGCAUUGUCUUCACUCCCACUACCUUGCCUGCGACCAUAUCAACGCGGAAUCAGGCACGACUUAAGACGCUCAAAUCUGCGUGUCUGAUCUACUUCGCUCUUUUGGGGCUCUCGCCCAUACUCAAGUCGCUCACAAGGUCAACUUCCUCGGAUUCUAUCUGGGCACUGGCGACGUGGCUUCUGAUCAUCAACAUAUUCUUCUUCGACUAUGGGUCUCUCUAUGUGCCUCGAAAGCAACAGAACGUGGCUCGACCCGCCGAGGCAGCCGGGGUCACGACAAUGGACCCAUCCCCGCCGCAAAGGAGUAACGCUUUCCGUGCUCCUCCCUUUCCAUCUUCUCUGUCAACCAACGCAGCGUUGAUGGCCAGUACGGUGCUCGCCUCGCGUCUGAUGACAACCACGGCCGUGUUCAGCUUGACACUGUUCUCCAUUCAGGUUUUCGGUCUUUUCCCCGUCUUCCGUCGACACCUCCACUACAAGUCCGCGGACCUACAUCUCCUCCUCACCUUUACUUUGGUGACAAUAUCGACCUGCGGGCUAGGUCUGAUUCUGUCAAAGUCAUAUACACAUACCUACGGGAAUUGUGGGCUAUGCUGGGGUUGGAUCUGGCAUGUUAUUCUGCGGAGUACCAUCGGUUUUGUGGUGGGAGGUCUCAGCACAGCAUUUGUGAUGGGGGGUUGUUCGUGGUGGUUAAUCGGGUUGCAGCGGUACAAAAACGUGGUCAUAGGACCCUGGGAUCCGGCCAAACCGGUGCUUGCGGGUGGCGUCUACGGAAGAAGUAGAACCAAUACAGACUGA